AUGGACGGCGCAGAAAAAAACAUCGAAAUCUGGAAGAUCAAGAAGUUGAUCAAAUCCCUCGAGUUGGCCCGUGGUAACGGUACCUCGAUGAUCUCGUUGAUCAUCCCUCCAGGCAGUCAGAUUUCGUUAACCCAGAAGAAGUUGACAGAAGAAUACGGUACUGCCUCCAACAUCAAGUCCCGUGUGAACAGAUUGUCUGUCUUGUCUGCCAUCACAUCGACCCAGCAGAAAUUGAAGUUGUACACGCAUUGUCCGAAGAACGGUCUUGUGCUUUACUGUGGUGAUGUCAUUACUGAUGAGGGCAAGGAAAAGAAGUUGAACAUUGACUUUGAGCCUUUCAAGCCUAUCAACACGUCUUUGUACUUGUGUGACAACAAGUUCCACGUGGAGGCGCUUUCUGAGUUGCUUCAGGAUGACGAUAGAUUUGGUUUUAUUGUUAUGGAUGGUAAUGGUGCUCUUUUCGGUGCUGUCAGCGGUAACAACCGUGAAGUUUUGCAUAAGUUCACUGUGGACUUGCCCAAGAAGCACGGUAGAGGUGGUCAGUCUGCUAUGCGUUUCUCUCGUUUGAGAGAGGAAAAGAGACACAACUAUGUUAGAAAAGUUGCCGAGGUUGCAGUGCAAAACUUUAUUGAAAACGAUAAGGUUAACUGUAAGGGUUUGAUUUUGGCAGGUUCUGCUGAUUUCAAGAACGAAUUGUCCAAGUCUGAUUUGUUCGAUACCAGAUUGCAGGCUCGUGUUUUGAAGAUUGUGGAUGUUUCUUAUGGUGGUGAAAACGGUUUCAACCAGGCCAUUGAACUUUCUGCCGAGACUUUGGCCAACGUCAAGUUCGUCCAGGAAAAGAAGCUUUUGAACACUUAUUUCGAGGAGAUUUCUCUUGACACCGGUAAGUUCUGUUACGGUAUUGAGGACACUUUGAAGGCUUUGGAUGCUGGUGCUUGUGAGACCGUCAUUGUCUACGAGAACUUGAACAUCGUCAGAUACACAUUGAAGGACUCUGAGGACAACGAGGUUGUUGUCAACGUCAACCCUGAAUUGGCUGACAAGUCUUACAUGAUCGACAAGGCCACUGGCGCUGAGAUGGAAACCGUCAAAGAAGAGAUGUUCUUGGAAUGGUUGGCUGAAAACUACAAGAGCUUCGGUGCCACCCUUGAGUUCGUCACUGACCGUUCUUCUGAGGGUGCCCAGUUCGUGCAAGGUUUCGGUGGUGUUGGUGCUCUUUUGAGAUACAAGCUUAACUUUGAGCAGUUGGUUGACGAGUCCGACGAGGACGAGUACUAUGACAGUGAUGAGGACUUCAUUUAA